UUUAAUGGAUUUUGCAGAUUCUUCAUCCUUCACACUAGAUUUUGCUAAUGAAAAUUAUCUCGAUUUCUCUAGUUUGAUCACUCCUUCAACACUUAUAUCAUUCCAAGAACCUAAUCCAUGUAAUCCCAUCAUUCAGAACGAUGGAAGACAAAAGGUUCGUGAGACGACCAUGGCAAGUGAAAUCAGGAAAGGGGACGAUGAGCCGAAGAACAAGAGAGCUAAACAUAAGGAUAUUGAGAGACAAAGAAGGCAAGAAGCCACGACUCUUUACAAGAGUCUAAGGUUUAUAUUGCCAUCUCAUUACAUUAAGGGUAAACGUUCUUCGUCAGAUCACGUUGAAGAAGCUGGGAAUUACAUCAAAGACUUACAGAAGAAGAUCAAAGAGAUCAGUGAGAAAAGAGACCGAAUCAAGAGCACUGUUACUCAUCGUUCUUCUUCGACAAGCAGAUGUUCUUUAAGACCAUUAGCAUCAUCAACAUCGUCAACUUGUUCCUGUUUUGGAGACACACACAUGGCUGUUGUGGUUAGGCCUUGUUUGAUCGGACUAGAGGUCGUAGUAAGUUGUUGUCUCAGACACGAAUCUUUUCUUUCAAGUGUUCUUCAGCUUCUGACUCAAGAGCAAUAUUGUCUUAAUGUUGUUAGUUGCAUCUCAACUAGACAGCCACAAAGUUUCAUACACACCAUUGUUUCUGAGGUCGUGGAGGGAAUUGAGGUUUAUCACUCAGAGAUUCACGAAAAGAUAAUGAAGAUGGGAAGAAGUUCAUAUGAAUAUUUAUAUUAACUUUUGU